UUGUAAGUAAUUGAUUUGCGGGAGAAGAUAAGGCUCUGCUUAUCUUUUUGGAGUAGUAGUAGUAGUAGUAGUAGUAGUAGAAGAGGAAGAAGAAGACUGGAUCGAAUAGGAAGAAGAAAUCGACAUCCAUACCCAUCAUCAGAGGCGCAAAGCGGAGCGCCACCAUGCUCUCCCUCACUGCAGCAGUAAACGCUCCCAAGCCCUUCUCUCUCUCCUCAAAGCAAUCCAUCGUCCCCACCUUCCUCUCCUCCGCCGUCCUCCCCACCCACAAAGCCCCACCUCAUUCUUCGAUGUCCAUCUCGUCCCUUAUCAUCCCCCCCAAGUCCUCCAACCCUUCUCUUCAACAGCAGCAGCUCUACCAGCCAUUCCGGCCCCCUCCAUCCCCACUCCCCCCUAAAUACCGCUCCCUCGACACCAGCGCCCGCCUCGACGUCCUCGCCAACCGCCUUGGCCUCUGGUUCGAGUACGCCCCUCUCAUCUCCUCCCUCAUCCAGGAAGGCUUCACACCCUCCACCGUCGAGGAGCUCACCGGCAUCACCGGCGUCGAGCAGAACUGCCUCGUCGUCGCUGCCCAGGUCCGCGACUCCCUAAUCGAGUCCCAGAUCGACCCCGAAACCCUCUCCUUCUUCGAAACCGGCGGCUCCGAGCUCCUCUACGAGAUCCGCCUCCUCAGCGCCUCGCAGCGCGCCGCCGCCGCCCGCUUCGUCGUCCAGAACAAGCUCGACGCCAGGGGCGCCCAGGACCUCGCUCGGGCCAUGAAGGAUUUUCCCCGCCGGCGUGGCGACCGUGGUUGGGAGAGCUUCGAUUACGUUCUGCCGGCCGAUUGCUUGUCGUUUAUGUAUUACAGACAGGCGCAGGAGUACAGGAAUCCGUCGGAGCAGAGGACGGCCAUGCUCCGGCAGGCCUUGGAGGUAGCCGAAUCGGAGGCGGCGAGGAAUAAGGUGUUGCAGGAUCUGGAGGGCGUAGGCGGGGAGAGGGAGGCGGAGGGCGAAGGAGAGGAAAAGGGCGUCCGGGUGCCGGUGGUGAGGAUGAUGGUGGGGGAGGUGGCGGAGGCGACGUCGGUGGUGGUGUUGCCGGUGUGCAGGGCGGAGGAGAGGGAGGCGGAGCUGGAGGCGGCGCCGUGGGAGUGCGGGACGGAAGGGGAAUUUGGGGUGGUGGCGGCGGAGAAGGGGUGGAAUAGGUGGGUGGUGUUGCCGGGAUGGGAGCCUGUUGCGGGGCUGCAGAGAGGGGGAGUGGUUGUGGCAUUCCCGGACGCCAGGGCAUUGCCGUGGAGGUCGAACCGGUGGUACAAGGAGGAGCCCAUUUUGGUGGUGGCGGACAGGGGGAGGAAGGAAGUGGUGGCAGAUGAGGGGUUUUACCUGGUGGCGGAGAAGGGCUUGAGCUUGAAGGUGGAGAGGGGUUCGGCACUGAUAGAAAUCGGGGUGAAGGAGAGUUUGGGGACUGUGUUGCUGGUGGUGAGGCCACCGAGGGAAAAUACCGAUGAUCAACUGAGUGACGAAGAUUGGGAGUAAAAAUGAAGGGCAAAAAAAAAAACAAAUCGUCUGAGAGAGAGAGAGUCUUUUUUGUGUUUGAUUAAUAAUUCUGAUUGGAUUGGAUUCAAUGCCAAUUGGAGUGAUCUUUGCUUAAUAAUAUGUUGAAAUUACGAA